AUGUUUGGCAAGUCGCCGGAACGAGCUUUAAAGCUCCUACGAGUGUUUGGUUGUCUGGCAUGGGUAAACAUACCCAAAGUUAAACGGGACAACAAGAAACUGGACCAGCGAGCCGUCGCAUCCAUUUUCUUAGGGUACAGUCUAGAGAGGAAGGGCUGGCUUUUCUACAGCCCGGACUACAAUCCGAACAUCUUCUGGAGCAAUUCAGCAAAAUUCAUGGAAUCAAAGUGCUGGUCAGACAGAACAGAGUGGCGACCGGUUGAUACAAAGGCACCCCCAAUGACGAUGACAGAAGAAAAUCUCGAAGAUCUAGGAUAUAACAAAGAAAAUAUAUUCGACGAAACAGAUGAAGAGCCACUACGAGAAUACAUGGAUAUGGAGUCAGACUCGGAAGAAAGAUUACGCGAAGGAAUAGCAGAGGUGAUGGAACAAGGACCAAUCGCCGAAACUCAAAUUGACAGCGAAUUCUAUGGACUCGUAGCGACGCAACCGGAACGGAGAAAGAACCUGGACCCAACCAUACAUGAAGCAAUGAAUGGAGAGGACAGAAAGCACUGGGAGGAGGCCAUGCGAAAGGAGCUGGAUGGAUUAGAGGCGAUGGGCACAUGGGAGAUAGUCGACCUUCCAAAGGGUGCAAACACCGUCGACACACGUUGGGUACUCAAGAUCAAAACCGAUGCAAACCUCGUGCCAACAAAGUUCAAAGCCCGGCUCGUGGCACGAGGUUUCACUCAACGCGAGGGCAUCGACUAUACAGAGGUCUUCGCACCAGUAGCACCUAUCCAAUCCAUUCGAGGGGUGAUCGCGGUCGCAGCAGUACAAGAUUGGGAAAUGGAUUCUAUUGACGUAAAGCAAGCGUACCUGAACUCCACUAUACACCAUGAUGUAUACCUCAAGCCCCCAGUAGGAAUUGAAAUACCACCCGGAAAAGUGUUGAAGGUAGUGAAAGGACUGUACGGUUUGAAACAGUCGGGCCGAGAAUGGAACAUCGAGUUAGACUCACACCUCCGGACGAUCGGAUUUCAUUGCAUGCAGAGCGCUCCAUGCCUAUACUCAAGAGGGACAGGCGACAAGAUCACGAUCAUCACAGCAUACGUGGACGACAUGCUGAUAACAUCACCCAGUCGUGAGGAAGUAGACCGCGCAAAGCGGGAGAUCAUGGACAAAUGGGAGACGCAAGACAAUGGAAGGAUCAAAGAAUUUCUGGGUAUCAAGAUUAUACGUGAUAGAAGACGGAGGAGGAUAUCCCUGAGUCUAACGGCAUACAUCAAGGAAAUGGUGAACAAAUGGUUAGGAGGAGCAAACGAGAAAUUCUGGAUACCCAUGCUGAGUGUAGCGAACACCGCCGGAGGCGAGCGAUGUGAACCUAAGCGAGCAAAGAGGUAUCAAGAAUUGGUCGGCCAACUAUUAUGGGUCUCCAACACAGCCCGACCAGAUAUUGCCUUUGCCGUCGGCGUAUUGGCGCGAUAUAUGUCGAUCCCGAUCGACAGUGCAUGGAAGGCAGCUGUCCACGUGGUAAAGUACCUGAACCAAACGAACGAAUAUCAGUUGCACCUAGGAGGAGAGACAAACGAGCACUCGGGUACACCGGUAACGACGUAUACCGACGCAAACUGGGCAUCCGACCCCACAAAUGGACGAAGAAGUACCUCGGGGUCGAUAACAUAUGUGUAUGGAUGUCCGGUGAGUUGGAAAUCACACGUUCAGAAGUGUGUGGCACUGUCGGCAGUCGAAGCAGAGUUUGUCGCCGCUUCCGAAGCGGUACGAGAAACCUUAUUCUUCUCAUAUUUGCUCCGGGAUUUGGAGGUCACGGGCGUUCGGCCCGUACUAUACACAGACAGCCAGGGGUGCAUACAGGUGAGUAAAGACCCAGCCAAACAUUGGAAGUUAAAGCACAUCGACACACGGUAUCAUUUCGUACGCGAUCACGUACAAGAGGGCGAUGUGGAGAUCAAAUAUGUCGGAACGGCAAACAACGUUGCAGAUGUCUUGACAAAACCCUUACAGGGCCUUAACACCUCACGAUUGGCUAGGAUGAUAGGACUGGAGAUCCCGCCGAAGGGGGGAGUUGAAGAUGCGUCGGCAUCUCAAGCAAGGUGCACGUGUUACGGCCGAGACAUCGAGAUACGGGAGGCUCACAUAAGUGAGGAGCACAAUGAGAACAUACGGCUGUGGCAAAGGGAGUCUGAUCGUGACCCCGAUAACGCCGUAUAUUAA